CAACUAGGUGGUGAUCUGAAGCUACGUCAGCACCUCUCCUGGUUCUCACAUCUUCCAUUGUCCUUCGGAAUUUUUUGUUGAUGCAAAUAUGAUCUAUUUGGUUCUCUGUAGUGUGGUCCGGUGAGAUCCAUGUAGCCUUGUGUAUACGCUUGUGUGGAAAUAUUGUGCCUCCUAUGACCAAUUUGUUGAAUGCACACAGAUUUGCAAAUCUUUCUCCAUUUUCGUUUACCUCUCCCAGUCCAUGUCGUCCCAUGAUAUCUUCAUAUCCGGUGUUGUCUAUUCCGACUUUGGCAUUUAGAUCUCCCAUCAGAAUAGUUAGGUCCUUUCUUGGCAUUUCUCAAUGAUUGACUGCAGCCGCUCGUAGAACUGAUCUUUAAUGUCGUCGUUGCUAUCAUUGGUGGGUGCAUAACAUUGGAUAAUAUUCAUUAAGAUCCCCUCCUUCUUUGUUUUGAAUGAUGCUUUGAUGAUUCUGGAUCCGUGAGACUCCCAUCCUACAAGUGCAUUUCGUGCUACUUUGGACAGCAUAAGAGCGACUCCCUGAGUGUGUGGAGCAUUGUCCUCUUCGUGACCGGAGUAUAGCAGCAUCUCUCCCGUAGCUAGCCUUUUCUGUCCAGCUUGGGUCCAGUGGGUUUCGCUGAUUCCCAGUACUGCUAAGUUGUAUCUCCUCAUUUCCAUUGCUAUUUGACUGGUCUUCCCGGUUUCCCACAUUGUUCGAACGUUCCAUGUACCUAUAAAAAUUUUUGCUCUGGUUGUUAGAAGGGGCAUCGGCCUCGUGGCUUCCGAAGGAACUCGGCUUUCACCAUGAAGCGUCAUAAUUCUUCUAACUGAAGACCUUCUAACUCCCAGGGCAGAGUUUAAAUGGUUUGGAUUAUUUUUUCUGGUAAGCGUUUUUUUAGCGAGUUAGUUUUCUACGGGAUGGGGACGCUAACCCCAUGCCCAACCCUCCUCCUUUACCCGGGCUUGGGACCGGCAGUAACCCUAUAAGAGCUACAGGCGGAGUGGGGACAAUCGAAUGUAUUUAACACAAAAUUACAGGACUUGUUAAUAAAAUCUAACAAUUAUAAAGUAAAUGCUUAAUUUGCAAAAUGUCCACCAAUUGUCUCAAAAUGACUCAGACUUCAUUGUUCUCGCAUUUUCAUACAAAUUGCGUCCUGUUCCAUUUUUUAUUGUUCGAUCCUUUUGUCUUUCUGCUGACAGACCUGUUCACGACUAACAUCAUAUACUACUUAUGUCAAUAUAAGUAACACACACCACACCGUGACUCAUUUUUCAAACACAAAUUUAUGUAUUUAGUUCUUAGUUAUAAAUUUAGCUAUAGGGAUUGCUCAAAUUAUAGUUAACGUAUCCUGUUACGAAUAUAUGGCCUACUAAUUGAAAAUGAUAUACUUUAAUCAAAAAUCAAAAUUUCAUUUAGUUUUGAGAUCUAACUAAAUUAUCCAUCGACCAGAGUGAUAGUAAACCAACUCUCAACAAAUGGUGAAUGAUCAUUAUUGUAUCAAGGAAUCUUGAUUUUUUUAAAGAAAAAAUAUCAAUAUUGUGUAUACUUAUAUUAUCUCCAAAGAUUUUUGUAUAAAUUAACAUUUACCAUAACUCUUACAUAACUUUUAAUCAAUCAAAUAGAUUUGACUUAUAAUUUACAUUAACAUGAAUUCAUUUCACAUUUGAUAUUUUAUUUCCAACUCAUUUGUACUAUAAAUUUUUAUGUUUCUAUGUUGUUUUUUUCUCUUUAUUGAUUUAGUGAUUUAUGAUCAUUUGAUUAAAGUUUUGUUUUAAUCUAAUAUUUACUUUAGGUAUUGAUUAUAUCUUAUAUAUUUCUUUUUGUUCAAAAUGACAUCUUUUGAUAAAUAAACGGAAGUUGCUAAAGCAAGAAAAAAUAUCUAUAUCAUCUGAAACAUAAAUCAGUAUUGAUAUAUAUAAAGUUGAACAAAGAAUUAAGGUAAUUGAUGCUCUAUAUUACUUACGUGAUCUUGUUUUCCCUCCUGAGAUAUAGGUGACUGUACCACGUAGUUUAUGUUUAUUUGAAAAAAAGGGAUUACUUUUUCUUUAAAUUUAAUGUUUGUAAAAAAUAUGUUUGUUUCGAAAACCAAAAAGUAUUGGUUAAUUUCCCUCUUUUUCCACUAUACAGAGAUUAACAACGUAGAAUCUAGUACAAUAGUUUACGGGUUUAAUGUUAUCACAUUUUACAUUAUCUAUUGUAAGAGCGAAUAACGAAAGAGUGAAUAUAUGGUGAAACAAAGUAAAAAAAGAUCUAUACAAUAAUACUGCUCGAAGGUUUAAAGGAAAAUACAAAAUAAAGACAAGUAUACUGUGAAAACCGAUUUCGAUCUAUAUCAUAGAUGCUCUAUUUUCCUUAAUCAAUGAAGGUUAACAGUCUCGUCAAUUGACUAAUUGCUUUUAUCCAUAGAAUUCACUAUGAUUGUUUUCGGUCUAUUCUUUUCUUGAAGUGUAGUGUAAGUAAUUUUAAUCGGUGUAAUUAACUAAAUAAGUGUAAGUAUCUAAAUUUAUCUUAUUUAAUCGGGAAUUCAUUCAGAUUGUUUAAAGUAUUAAACCGUUAACAUUUAUCCAAUAUGAUUUCUCCAAUAAGUAAGAAAACUGAAGUGCAUCAAAUUUUUAUAGGAACGCGAAGAAAGCUUUACAUUACUAACAUUAUUGUUAUUACCUAUAUUUUAUACUUUUUCAGAAGAAUACCUGUUAAGUUCAGAGAUGCGUUUUUUAACUCCUGAAAUAGCCUGGCAUGAAACGUUACCAAUAUAUUCAUGUGAUUUACAAAAUCGUCUCAAAUUAAUAAGUGAUAAUAAUAACAAAUGUAGCAAUCAAACAUCUAGUCGUAGUCCUUUAAGUGAAUUAAAUUUUAAAAAUGUUAAAGAUCUCGAUCCUGAUUUGAAUUGGACAAGAUUGGCAACAGCUGGUGGUGAUAAUGUUGUUCGUUUAUGGCGUGUUCAGUUGAAUUGGUUACCUGGAGUUUUGAAAACAACAACAAAGCAAACUGAAUCUCAAUGUACUACUAAUCUAACGGUAGCUAAAAAAGAUCCUGGUGUUAAUACUCCUGGUAUGACACAAAAAAAUGAUUCCAAACAAUUCGAACAUUUAACUUAUUUGGCUUCAUUAAAACGUCAUGAAAAACCUGUCAAUGUUGUUCGUUGGUCACCUUCAGGUGACUAUCUGGCAUCAGCUGGAGAUGAUUUAUUCAUUAUAAUAUGGUCAAAUCAAUCAACUACCAAUAAUGGGAUGAUCACUUUGAUAGAUAAUUCAUCCAAUCUAAAAGAUGAUGAUGAUGAUGAUGAUGAUGAUAAUGCUAUAAAUUCGGAAAUAUGGAUUCCUUGUCGAAGUUUAAGACGUCAUUUAGAAGAUAUCUACGAUGUUUGUUGGUCUCCAGAUGAACGUGCACUUAUAUCCGGGUCUGUUGAUCAUUCAAUCAUAGUUUGGCAGCUUGACUUAAUUCCAUCACCGUCAUCUGCUCUCCCAGCUGAAGAUUUCAGCAGUGUUGGAGAAGUGGGUCCAGAGAACAAUCAUUCUAAUCGACCUGAGAAUGCACCUGCCUCAAGUACAAAUACCAGUCAAGCUACAAUCAAGACCUUAAUUCUACGUGAUCACAAACAUUAUGUACAAGGUGUUGCUUGGGACCCAUUAGGAUUUUAUGUCGCCAGUUUAAGCAGCGAUCGAGCUUGUCGGAUAUAUCAUGCUGGAACUAAAAAUUGUUUAGCACAUGUGUCUAAGGCUGGAAAACAACGUUUAUUUCAAGAUGAUUCUUGGAAGUCGUUUUUUCGACGUCUUACUUUUAGUCCGGAUGGUUUACUUCUUGUUUGCCCAUCAGGUAAUCUUGAAGAGGCUACAUUUGCUGGAUUAACCAAUUCAACUAUGAUUUCUUCAACCAAUGGAUUUGAACAGCCAGACAAAAUAAUAGAUACUACCAUUCCACUAGUUGCUCCUCAACAUGCAGCGCAUAUUUUUGUACGUUCAAAUUUCACUCGUCCUGUGGUCAGUUUACCAACAGGUUCUAAGCCAGUUGUUGCAGUUCGCUUUUGUCCUCAACCGUUCCAAUUAAGACAGGUUAACUUAAACUAUCAGAAUUCCACAAAUCAAUAUUCUAGCUUGUUUAAUCUUGCAUAUCGGUGGCUUUUUUGCUUAGUAUUAGAAGAUAGUGUUCUCUUUUAUGAUACUCAACAAACUGUACCAUUUGCUCAGGUUUCUCAGCUUCAUUAUCAAGCUUUAAAUGAUGCAUCAUGGUCUAAAGACGGGCAUUUAGUUGUAAUCUGUUCUACUGAUGGUUAUUGCUCUCUGAUUCACUUCGCACAUGGUGAACUUGGCGCAUUUUAUCGUGGCACGUUUGGUGCACCUAAUCCACAGGCGAUCUCAAUCGACAAUGCUGUUAGUGAAACAGAUAAGUGCCAGAUUAAUGAAGUUGAAAUGUUAUCAUCCGUAGUAGGGGAUGCAGUUAACGACGCUAUCAAGGAAGCAAACACUCCUCCAAAAUCUAAUGUUUCAUCUGCCACAGUUCCUGACUCAAACAAAUUAACCAAUGAAGCAAAGUCAUCAGAAUCAAGCAUUAAUAAUAAUCCCAUUGUUGUCGAUGGUGCCACAACUGUAUCUAAACAAAAACGACGUGUACAGUUAACAACAUUGGUUUCCUUCAGUGAUGGGAAUAUAACUAAUAACAGUAAAACAGAUAACAUUCAGAUUUCAAAAAAUUUACCGAAUGACUCUGAUUUCCGCCCAACAGAUCCCAAAUCUUAUAAAUUUGAGGAAAGAGAUGUUAUAGAAAUCGAGGAUUCGCCGACUUCCUAACCGAUGAUAUAAAGUUGUCAUAAUUUCCUAGUAGGCUGCUCUUAAAAAAAACCAUAACGUUUCAGGGCCGUAUUGCAUUGUGUGCCAAUGUACCAAUGGUUUAUUUUUGUUCCAGAAACCAUUUCUGUUCUAUUUUUCUAUGUAUUUAUUUAUGUAACAAUUUUUUUCAAAACAAAUAGACCCUCUUUACUGUUUUAUU